AUGUCGAGGGUAACGUCGAGGUGUCAACAAGCCACUCCAUUGGAAUUCUACAUUUGGGUUGCACAGCAUUUUCUUGCCGGUAAGUUUAAAUUCCCAACUUCACAGGAAAUUAUUCUUUAUCUGCAUUGCAGAGCAAAUUCUCGAUCACAAAGAUCGGCGCUUGUUUGCUUGUUGAUAAAUGUUUCACUGGCUCUUGCCAAUUUCCUUUACCUCUUUUCCAUUGAGCGAGAAGGGCGUCUAAUUUCAACGGAGUUUAUUAGCGAUCCUUUGGUCUUUGCUGAGUUCAGAAGCGAUGCAACUCGGGUGAAAACAUCCAAUUGA